AUGGAGCAAAUCACAAGAGAAGUUAUUGAAGAGAUUCUAAGAACGUAUCAGAUAAUAACCAUGGAUCUUAAAGAAAUAAAAAAGGCUCUUUCUUCUGGCCGGGCGGGCAAAAAGGCAAAGACAACUCUUUCACUACUAAAUGAAUUUUUUGCAGACCUAGAAGGAAUUGACAAUGCAGGAGGAGAGCUUGAAUGCUCUGCUGCAGAGCAGAACGAAUAG